CACCGAGAUUAGCUGUGCGGAAGGAGACAGUAGAGCUGAGUGGCAAGUGCUGGGCGGAUUGAUUGUUCCUCUAUCAGAGGCUGCAGGUGUUUAGCGGUGUGUUCCGGGUUGAGGGGACGAAUAUCCCUCAGCAGAGCGUUGUUAUUACUAUGUGAGCGGCGUUUCGGGGGGGAACUGAAGUUCAAGGCUUUGGGGGUGAGUGAGCGCCCAGUUAAUGGUUGUGCACCUCAUUCCUGCCUGGGAACACAAGGCUACUGCUACUGGGAAGCUGCUUGUGCGACAAAGUGACGAGAAAGAACGUUCAAAGCCACUGGAAUCCCAGGAAAGGAUACAGGAUGGGCGCCCCCCUGUGCUGUGUCUGUAUUGCUGCUCUUUUAGCUUUUGCUUCUGCUGAUGAUAAUUUGAUUGACGACUGCCAACUGGUGGGUGGAGAUAAAAAGUCGUCUACUGAGCAAGCCGUCUUGGCCAAACUCGCUCCUCUUAAAGGCAAAAGGUUUGAGGCCACAACUAAGGAAGGCUCUGACACCUACAAAUAUUCCUUUGUUGUGUGCGGCCGAGUCGGCAACAGCACCAAAACCACGUACGAGGGUCUAGUGCAAUCUAAAGAAGGGUCCACAGAUACCUCAGUCAUUGGCCGUAUCAACGACACCCACAUCAUGAGCGGAACCGACUGGAUCCUGCUGAUCUAUGGAAGUGGAGACAAGUACGACAGCCAUUGCAAUAAUGAAGCGAGGAAAGCCAUGGUCAUGAUCUCGUGCAACAAGAAGACGCUAGGGGAUCACUUUGCUGUUAUUCAGGAAGAGAGGAACAAAUCCAGAGAAUGUUUCUAUCUGUUUGAGAUGGACAGUAGCCUUGCCUGCCCUCCCGAAGAGUCUCAUCUCGGCGUCGGCUCCAUCCUUCUGAUUGUGUUUGCUGUUCUGGUUGCUGUUUACAUAAUUGGUGGAUUCCUUUACCAGCGCUUUGUGGUUGGAGCCAAAGGAAUGGAGCAGUUUCCCAAUAUCACCUUUUGGCAAGAACUUGGAAACCUGAUGGCCGACGGCUGUGAUUUUGUGUGUCGCUCGCGGCCUCGAACUUCCGAAACGGCUUAUCGAGGGGUCGGGGAUGAUCAGCUAGGGGAGGAGCCAGAAGAAAGAGAUGAUCACCUGCUACCUAUGUGAUGAGAAGGAAUCGCGUCACCCGGAUAGAAUAAGAGCUGGGAGAAGCACAGCCCUGUGGCCCCUGUUCCUCUGUUUUCUCCCUUCUGCUUUGUGGCUCUGUCCUCACCUAAUGCUUCUCUAAAGGGCUGGGGCCGGACUACCUGAUAACCUUUUGUUUUGGUGUUACGGCCGGCAUGGCUAUGACCCUGUACGGGCUACUUGAGCCUGGAGCCAACGCAGCGUAGCACUUGCUGUGCAAUCCAGGACUUCUGUACAGGGGCAUGAAGAAACUAGGUCAGACUAAAGGUAUAAGACCCCAGCCUGAGCUUUAAGAUGAUCUGCUGAUGCAGGGAUAGUGAUGUAGGCAACCUCGGCCAGUACUUUGGCCUCCACAAGAUGAUUGGCCAACGGCUGGCCAUUGUUACCGCUGCAGAAAAUACCAAAAAAGAUGCACAGAAUAAGGUGUGCGAGGACCAGCAAAGCGAAGCAGUUUGAUUUGUUAUAGGCCUUUACUCUGGUUCUGCCGGGUCCAGUCCAGGGAUGUGAGAUAUGAAGAGUCUCUAGAACCCUCCCAAGGUAAUACCAAAGGUAUUAAUACCGAUGGGACGACUACUGAUUUAUUUAAUAAGCAGCAAAGUACAUACCACUGCCAUGAGCACUGUAUCCAUUAAAGGUCACACACCUAGUACUGCACCGGUCAUGCUUGCUUUUCCACCCUUGUCCCCUCCCCCCCUUUUUUUUUUUUGUUCUGUCACCUUAAGGUCACUGCUUUUUCUUUGGGUGUUUAUAAUAUUCUGUGAAUUAUUAGGGGUUUUCUGAGAUUUGUUUUGUAAGAAAAAGUCCUAAAAUAAACGGUCCCACAAUA